AUGAUGCACGGUCCCGUCCUCUGCGUUAUCGCUUUACCGAACGUAUCAACCCUGGACUUUGUGUCCAAUCCUUCCGUCUUCAGAGCCCCUUCCAUGUUCAAUACGGUACUGAUUUGCUCUGGCUUGGGCCUCGCAUACGCCCUACAUCUGUACCUUGAUUACAAGCGCGUCAUGCGCCUUGUCAGGGACUUCCCCGGACUAAGAACCAUCUGUCAUCCGUAUUCGAUUCUGCACGGGAUCAGCGACAAAGGCUUCGGAAAUGACCCCCUUUUUCUUGGAAAAUAUACAUUCUUCGAAAACGCGGGAUGUGAAGCAAUUUCUUGGAUCAACUGGUGGCCGAGGGCCAAAGUUUCCUAUGUCCUCGCUGAUGCUGAUGCCAUCAAGGAAGUGGCUUCCGAUCGUUUCCGGUACGUGAAGCCAUCAGAAUGCUAUACGACUAUCAACGUGUACGGGGACAACAUUGUGGCGUCGGAAGGUGAGGUGUGGAAGAGGCAUCGCAAGAUAACUGCUCCGGCGUUUUCCGAGAAACAAAACCAGCUGGUGUGGGACGAGACCUGCCGGGUGAUCGACGAGUUGAUUGAGAACAUUUGGAAGUCUGCGCCCAGAGUGGACGUACAAGAUGCAAAAGAGUUCACCCUCCCCGCUGCGAUCUCGGUCAUCAGUGCCGCUGGAUUUGGCCAGAGGUUUUCCUGGCAGGAGGACGAAUCAGUUCCGGAAGGACAUCAGAUGACGUUCAGAGAGGCCCUGCACAGCCUUUGUGCUGGACUCAUCAUUGUUUUCGCCGUACCGCGUUGGGCUAUGUUCCUCACGAGCAGACUGCGCGUGGUUCGCCAGUCCAUCGAUGAGGUACAGAAGUACAUGCUUGAGAUGAUCGAGGAGCGGCGUUACGCCCUGGACGACAAAUCGCGCCAUGACCUCUUCACUCUCUUGAUGGGCAACUUAGAGGAUGGAGAGGAGGCAGCCACUGAGCACGAACUAAUGGGGAACAUCUUUGUCUUCCUUCUGGCUGGACAUGAAACCACCGCACAUACGCUUGCUUUCGCGCUGGGAUUCUUGGCACUUUACCCUGAAACCCAGGAUCGAGUCUUCCGCGAGAUCCAGGCUGUGACAGAUGAUUUCCAGAGAGAGCUGUCACUCAACGAUAUCAGUUCACUCACUUACACCGUCGCUGUUUUCUAUGAGACUUUGCGCAUGCUACCUGCCGUUAUCUCGAUCCCGAAACGAUGCACGGAGGAUACCUCAAUCUCCGUCCACAAUCAUUCCGGCGAUAAGACCGUCAUUCCGAUUCCUGCGGGGACGUACGUGUUACUCGACGCAAUGGGACUUCACUACAACCCUCGCUAUUGGUCGGAUCCUCACGAGUUCAAACCUGAGCGAUUCCUCGAGGACUGGAACAAGGAUGCGUACCUGGCAUUCAGUGCAGGUGUGCGUGGCUGUAUGGGCCGAAAAUUCGCGGAGACAGAAGCAGUUGCUAUCCUCACCAAGAUCAUCUCGCGUUAUUCUGUCAAAAUCACGGAGACGCCCGACCUCGUUGAAGCAUCGUUUGAGCAACGGAAGGCGAGGGUCAUGGCGCUGAAGCCAGGUAUGACUACUACGCCGGCCGGGAUUCCGCUCAGUUUCAUACGUAGAGUCUGA